CAGGUCCUGACUGGGGAGAGCUGUGGCGGAGGCACCUCCGGGUCCAGUCAACCCUGGUGAUGGAGUCGCAGGUCGCGGUUGCUGGGGAUGGAGAGACUGAGGCAGAGGCGGGCAAGGGUCCCAUGAUUGACAGUGCCAGCCAAGGGUCGCUGGUCUCGGCGCCCAAGGGGGCUGUCCGGUGGAAGCUCCUGCGACAGGUUCUGAAGCAGAAACAGCUGGAUGACGGCCUGAGACAUGUAUCUGUGAGAAGAUUUGAAUCAUUUAAUCUGUUCUCAGUCACAGAGGCCAAAAACAGGGGAACUGAAAAAGAGGCUGGUGCGUGGGUCCAGUACACAAGCAUCUUUUAUCCCGAGUACAGCAUCUCCUUAAGGCGUAAUAGUGGAUCCUUGAGUGUCGAAGACGUACUGACCAGCUUUGACAACACAGGGAAUGUCUGCAUCUGGCCGUCUGAGGAGGUGUUGGCUUACUACUGCCUCAAGCACAGCCAUUUAUUCAGGGACCUUGCUGUGUGUGAGCUAGGGGGUGGCAUGACAUGCUUGGCUGGGCUCAUGGUUGCUAUUUCUGCAGAUGUCAAAGAAGUUCUGCUAACUGAUGGGAAUGAAAAGGCCAUCAGAAAUGUGAACAGCAUCAUCGCAAGCAACAAGAAGACUGGCGUGUUCAAGACUCAGAAAAUAUCAAGCUGCGUUUUACGAUGGGAUAAUAAGACAGAUGUCUCUCAACUGGAAGGACAUUUUGACAUUGUUAUGUGUGCUGACUGCCUGUUCCUGGACCAGUACAGAGCCAGCCUUGUUGAUGCAAUAAAGAGAUUACUCCAGCCCUCAGGGAAAGCAUUGGUAUUUGCCCCACGCCGAGGGAAUACUUUCAACCAGUUUUGCAAUCUAGCAGAAAAAGCCGGUCUCUCCCUCCAAAGACAUGAAAAUUACGAUGAGCGCAUUUCAAACUUCCACUCCAAGUUAAAAAAAGAAGGGUCGGACGUAUAUGAAGAAAAUCUCCACUACCCACUUCUACUUAUUUUAACCAAAACGGGAUAGAAGAAAACAUCAGAUGCGCAGAGAACGAUUUCCACACAGCGAGAAGUCAGCCACGGCUCCCCUGGGACUAAGGGCUCCGCCCACUUCCGAACAUUCCUCAUCUUGGGACUCCGCCCAUUCCUCCAGCCCUCGGCAGCUCUCCCACCGUUCCUUUUUAAGGCAGCUUGUUGCUCUUCUGUACCAAACCUUUGUGUGCUUUUAUGUGUCAGCAGCCUGUCUAAGAUCAAAAUUUGACUUGUGGAGCAAUCUAAAUAGUUUUCUCUCUAAAGCAGAAUUUCUUUUGAUGAUUUCCACCUGCCCCUCCCCCUUCCUUUUUUUUAAUUGCCUUUGUCCUGUUUGGUAAUAGUAGUCUUUAUCUGUAAACACAGAAAACAUUACCCUUCUUUUCUGGAUAAAUGAAUAAAUCUCUUUUCUGACGUCUCAA